AUGGCAAGAGGUGGUGGACUCUCCAUUGAUUCAGAUCCAAUUGGGAGCUUCUUCCCCCAUAAGCCUGUAGUUCUCAACUCUUUCCCUGAAGACAACACCACCAUCAACAACAGCAGUGUCCAACACAAGUGGAAACUUGGUCCCAACAUGGAUACCACAGUUAACAGAAACAGGUCUCAAUCAUCUUCUCCAAACACCAACACCACCUCCUCCUCCAUCUCCACUAUCCCCUUCCAAGUCAACCGUACCUGUGAUGAAAACAGGCCUCACAUCGACGAGAUGGACUUCUUCCCUAACAAGACCGAUGAUUAUGAUAACAACCAUAUGAAUAACUGUGCCUCUGCCUCCACCUCCGCACCUCCCUCACUUGACCAUCUUGUUCACACACAUGAUCAUUCAUCCACUACUAAUAUAUUGGAUUUGGAAGUAGACACUGGUUUGAAUCUUCUUACCACCAACACAAGUAGUGAUCAUUCCAUGGUGGACGAUGAGACAUACCCUGAUUCAAAAGAAAAAAGAGCCAAGAGUGAGAUGUUUGUUCUUCAAGCUGAGCUUGAGAGAAUGAAGGCGGAGAAUCAUAGGCUGAAGAGCAUGCUUGAUCAGGUUAACACCAAUUACAAUGCCUUGCAGACGCAUUUGGUGAGUUUGAUGCAACAACAGAAGGAGGAGGAGGUGGCUGAACAACAAGUGUUUGAUAGAAAACUAGAUGAGGAGAAACAAAGUGUGAAUGGGACCUUGGUCCCAAGACAAUUUAUGGAUCUUGGGUUGGCUACUAAUGCUGAUAGUAGUGAACCUUCCCUUUCUUCCUCGGCGGGAAGAAGUCAGGAUCUGUCAAAGUCGCCAAAAAAUAAUGAGGUAGCAUCCAAGGAAUUUGAGACCAAGAAAAGUGUUAGUGAUAACGGAUUUGAUCAAGACAAGAAGGAAUUUGUAAGGCGAAUUGAAAAGGAAGACAGUCCCUCAGAAGGGGUUGCCGCUAAUAACAAUGUUCCAAAUCCAAAAAACGUUGAUCACGCUGAGGCUACGAUGAGAAAGGCAAGGGUUUCUGUUAGAGCUCGAUCAGAGGCACCCAUGAUCACUGAUGGGUGUCAAUGGAGAAAGUAUGGGCAGAAGAUGGCCAAAGGAAACCCAUGUCCUCGAGCAUAUUAUAGAUGUACCAUGGCAGCAGGUUGCCCAGUGAGAAAACAGGUGCAAAGGUGUGCUGAAGACCGAACAAUACUAGUCACAACAUAUGAAGGGAAUCACAACCAUCCUUUGCCUCCAGCGGCUAUUGCAAUGGCACAAACCACUUCCUCAGCAGCUAAAAUGCUGCUUUCAGGAUCCAUGUCAAGUGCUGAUGGCCUAAUGAAUGCAAACUUCCUCACAAGGACACUCCUCCCUUGCUCUUCUAGCAUGGCAACUAUCUCAGCAUCAGCUCCAUUCCCAACUGUUACAUUGGAUUUGACUCACUCUCCAAACCCACUACAGCUUUCCAAGUCCCAAAACCAAGUCCAGUUCCCCUUCCCUGGUAUCCCUCAGAACUUUGCCAAUUCCCCAUCCUCAUUGCUGCCUCAGAUAUUUGGCCAGGCACUGUAUAACCAAUCCAAGUUUUCUGGCCUCCAAACGUCUCAAGAUGCAGACCCUUCCCAAUCGAGUAACCAAUCUCAACGGCCACCACCACACCUUGCUGACACAGUUAGUGCCGCCACUGCAGCCAUUGCAGCUGACCCUAACUUCACAGCAGCUUUGGCAGCAGCCAUCACUUCUAUUAUCGGGGGUUCAAAUCCAAACAACAAUAUCAGUACUAAUAAUAACGGCACCACACCGAACAACACCAGCAAUGGCAAUAUUGCAUCAAACAACAACAAAUAA